AUGGUUCUCCUGUCACUUUGGUUGAUAGCAGCCGCUCUGGUACAGGUUAGGACUUCAGCUGAUGGACAAGCUGGUAAUGAAGAAAUGGUGCAAAUAGAUUCACCAAUAAAGAGAAAGAAAGAGUAUGAGCUGGUGACUCCAGUGAGCACAAAUCGAGAAGGACACUAUCUCUCCCACAUUCUUUCUGCAAGUCACAAAAAGAGAUCAACGAGGGACGUGUCUUCCAACUCUGAGCAAUUGUUCUUUAACAUCACAGCAUUUGGGAGAGAUUUUCAUCUGCGACUAAAGCCCAACACCCAGCUCAUAGCUCCUGGGGCUGUAGUGGAAUGGCAUGAAACAUCUCCAGUGCCUGGGAAUAUAUCCAGCCCUGUUAAUGAUCAUCAACCAGGAAGUGCUUCUGAAAGAAUCUGGAAAACAGAGCCUUUGCAGACUAACUGUGCUUACGUUGGUGACAUCAUGGACAUUCCAGGAACCUCUGUUGCCAUUAACAACUGUGAUGGUCUGGCUGGCAUGAUAAAAAGUGAUGAUGAUGAGUAUUUCAUUGAACCCUUGGAAAGAGGGAAACAGAUGGAGGAAGAAAAAGGGAGGAUUCACAUUGUCUACAAGAGAUCAGCAGUGGAACGGGCUCCCAUAGACAUGUCCAGAGACUUCUACUACAGAGAGUCAGAUCUGGAAGGCCUUGAAGAUCUAGGCACUGGUUACCGCAACAUUGACCGGCAGCUGAAUGAAACAAUUAGGCAUCGCAGACAUGCGGAAGAAAACGAUUACAACAUUGAGGUGCUGCUGGGAGUGGAUGACUCUGUGGUCCGUUUCCAUGGCAAAGAGCACGUCCAGAACUACCUCCUCACCCUGAUGAACAUUGUGAAUGAAAUUUACCAUGAUGAGUCCCUCGGAGUACACAUAAAUGUGGCCCUCGUGCGCAUGAUCAUGCUGGGUUAUGCAAAGUCCAUCAGCCUCAUAGAGAGGGGAAACCCAUCCAGGAGCUUGGAGAAUGUGUGUCGCUGGGCUUGCCAACAACAAAAACCUGAUCCCAACCAUUCUGAACACCAUGAUCAUGCAAUUUUCUUAACCAGGCAAGACUUUGGACCUGCUGGAAUGCAAGGAUAUGCUCCAGUCACAGGCAUGUGUCAUCCGGUGAGAAGUUGUACCCUGAAUCACGAGGACGGUUUCUCAUCUGCUUUUGUAGUAGCCCAUGAAACUGGCCAUGUGCUGGGAAUGGAGCAUGACGGACAAGGCAACAGGUGCGGCGAGGAGACUGCUCUGGGAAGUGUCAUGGCUCCCUUGGUGCAAGCGGCAUUUCAUCGCUACCACUGGUCCCGGUGCAGUGGCCAGGAAUUGAAAAGAUACAUUCAUUCCUAUGACUGUCUUCUUGAUGACCCUUUUGAACAUGAUUGGCCCAAACUCCCAGAACUUCCUGGAAUCAAUUAUUCUAUGGAUGAGCAAUGUCGUUUUGACUUCGGAGUUGGUUAUAAAAUGUGUACUGCGUUCCGAACCUUUGACCCAUGCAAACAGCUGUGGUGUAGCCAUCCUGACAACCCCUACUUCUGUAAGACUAAAAAGGGGCCCCCACUUGAUGGCACUGAAUGUGCUGCUGGAAAAUGGUGCUAUAAGGGCCACUGCAUGUGGAAGAAUGCUAAUCAACAAAAACAAGAUGGCAAUUGGGGAUCAUGGACCAAAUUUGGCUCCUGUUCCCGGACGUGUGGAACAGGUGUUCGUUUCAGAACACGCCAGUGCAAUAAUCCAAUGCCCAUCAAUGGCGGUCAGGAUUGUCCGGGUGUUAAUUUUGAGUACCAGCUUUGUAAUACAGAAGAAUGCCAAAAACACUUUGAGGACUUCAGAGCGCAGCAGUGCCAGCAGCGUAACUCCCACUUUGAAUACCAGAACACCAAACACCACUGGAUGCCAUACGAGCACCCUGACCCCAAGAAGAGAUGCCACCUUUACUGUCAAUCCAAAGAGACCGGAGACGUUGCGUAUAUGAAACAGCUGGUGCACGAUGGCACGCGCUGUUCUUACAAAGAUCCAUACAGCAUAUGUGUGCGAGGGGAGUGUGUGAAAGUGGGCUGUGAUAAAGAAAUCGGUUCUAACAAGGUAGAGGAUAAGUGCGGUGUCUGUGGAGGGGAUAACUCCCAUUGUCGAACUGUGAAGGGGACAUUCACCAGAACCCCCAGGAAGCUUGGGUACCUUAAGAUGUUUGAUAUACCCCCUGGUGCCAGACAUGUGUUAAUCCAAGAAGACGAGGCUUCUCCUCAUAUUCUUGCUAUUAAGAACCAGGCUACAGGCCACUAUAUUUUAAACGGCAAAGGGGAAGAAGCUAAGUCGCGGACCUUCAUCGACCUUGGCGUGGAAUGGGAUUAUAACAUUGAAGAUGACAUUGAAACUCUUCACACCGAUGGACCUCUACACGAUCCUGUUAUUGUUCUGAUUAUACCUCAGGAGAAUGAUACCCGCUCUAGCCUGACAUAUAAGUACAUCAUCCAUGAAGACUCCGCACCUACAAUCAACAACAACAAUGUCAUCCAGGAAGAAUUAGACACCUUUGAGUGGGCUUUGAAGAGCUGGUCUCAGUGUUCCAAACCCUGUGGCGGAGGUUUCCAGUACACUAAAUACGGAUGCCGUAGGAAAAGUGAUAAUAAAAUGGUUCAUCGCAGCUUCUGCGAAGUCAACAAAAAGCCAAAACCUAUUAGAAGAAUGUGCAAUAUUCAAGAGUGUACACAUCCACUCUGGGCAGCAGAAGAGUGGGAACAUUGCACCAAAACCUGUGGGAGUUCCGGCUACCAGCUUCGCACUGUACGCUGCCUGCAGCCCCUCCAUGACGGCACCAACCGCUCUGUGCACAGCAAGUAUUGCAUGGGGGACCGUCCUGAGAGCCGCCGACCUUGUAACAGAGUGCCCUGCCCAGCCCAGUGGAAAACGGGGCCCUGGAGUGAGUGUUCCGUGACCUGCGGCGAUGGGACGGAGGUGAGGCAGGUCCUCUGCAGGGCUGGAGACCACUGCGACGGGGAGAAGCCCGAGUCCGUCAGAGCUUGUCAGCUGCCUCCCUGUAAUGAUGAGCCAUGUUUGGGAGAUAAAUCUAUAUUCUGUCAAAUGGAGGUGCUGGCGCGAUACUGCUCCAUACCAGGAUACAACAAGUUAUGUUGUGAGUCCUGCAGUAAGCGCAGUAGCACCCUGCCACCACCAUUCCUUCCUGAAGCUGCUGAAACUCAGGAUGAUGUUAUCUUUAACCCCAGUGACCUCGACCUCGCUGGAUCUCUAAUGAUGCCUACAUCUUUGGUUCCUUACUAUUCAGAGACUCCUGCUGAGAGGAAGAAACCUUUGAGCAGGAUCUCUUCAGUGGGAGGUCCAAGUGCAUAUGCUGCUUUCAGGCCAAACAGUAAACCUGAUGGUGCUAACUUACCCCAGAGGAGUGCUCUGCACACAGGGAGUGAGGCUGUGGGACAGGGCUCCCCUGCCACCAGGAGUGGCCCCCUCACUUCAUCUUCACCAAUGGCUGCUUCCCCCUCCCUUGCAGCCCGUGAAUCAAUAGGUGCUUCUUCUCAGGCAAGAACCUCAAAGAAAGAUGAAAAGAUGAUUGACAGGAGACAUCCAAUAAGCUCAACCACCUUGGAAAGAUGA